UGUGCGCACGUCAAUGAUCCUUGCAUCGUGGAAGGGUGGAUCGUCUUUGUGCUUUGUCGCAACCGCGAGACGGCGUGAGACGUUCGAGCACCGGUGAACGGGUGAUAAGAAUGACACGUAAACGCGGGACCGGUCGAUGCCUUAUGUAAGAUGCGCUGAAAUCCUGAUACUCGCUCAACGACGACGACGACGACGACGACGACGACGCUAUCGUAGGGUCGACAAUCCGUCUCAUCGCGAUGCCGCCGAGCCGUUUAGACGCGGUCUACCGGAGUGUCCUGCUCACAAAAUUUUUCACGAAGGGCUGGGGCAAUCCGCAAAAUCUGAGAAGGACGAAGUUUGGUCAGACUGCCAUAUAAUCGAAGGCAAUUUUGAAUCACCUUUUGAGAAGCAUCUUCCAGGAAUAAUACCAGAUAAGGCCAAGACAGCUUACUUUCAGAUAAUUUUGCCAUCUAAGUGGAGCUCUCAUAAAAUAAAACCAAUCUGUUUGCACCUUGCAGGAACAGGCGAUCAUUUUUUUUGGCGACGUAGAAAUCUUAUCGCUAAGCCGCUACUCAAAGAAUCGGGGAUAGCAUCGAUACUACUAGAAAAUCCAUUCUAUGGACUGAGAAAGCCGGAUGAUCAAAAACGUUCCAGUCUACACAAUGUAUGUGACAUUUUUAUCAUGGGAGGCUGCCUGAUAAUGGAAUCAAUUGUUUUGUUAAAUUGGUGCGAACAGCAUGGAUUUAGUCCGUUAGCUCUCACUGGAUUGUCGAUGGGCGGACACAUGGCAUCCUUAGCAGCUACCAACUGGCCAAAGCCAAUUUCAUUAAUACCUUGUCUAUCAUGGUCAACUGCUUCGCCUGUAUUUACAGAAGGAGUAAUGAGCGCAUCGAUAAAUUGGGCACUUUUGGAAACACAAUAUUUUUCGGACAAAGUAUAUCAAAAUGAUCUCGCAAAGAUGGUGAAAAUUGUCGAUCACGAUGCGAGUGAUGCCUUUUUAGCUGGUCAACAUUUUGCCAAGCAUUAUCCUGCGAGCCUGAAAAGGGUAGAUAAAUUGAGAAAAGAGUCUAAGGAAAGCAACGAAGACAAUAAUAAUAUUACGGGUGAUGCAAUUAGUACAAAUUCGAUUAAUAAUCAUAAUAACGUUUCUACCAAAUCUAAGAGUGACAGCAGUAAAUUGCAAUAUCAGAUUGCAGAAGAGAAGGCAGCAGCCAAAAUAUUUCCUUUAAAUUUAAUUUCCAGCAGAUUUAAAUCAAAGGAUUCUAAUGCUCUCAAAGGAGUUUGUCUAUUACCAGUGCCGAAGCAUCCACUGUUUUCAGACAACAAAUGGCGCGAGCACGAGGCGUUGCAAUUUAUGCGCGGCAUAAUGGACGAGUGCACACACUUGAAGAAUUUCGAGACGCCUGUUGAUACUGAAUUAAUUAUUGCUGUUUGCGCUAAGGAUGACGCUUACGUACCGCGAGAUCAUUGCAUGAGUCUGGAAACGAUAUGGCCAGGGGCUGAAAUUCGUUACAUCGAUGCUGGACACGUCAGUGCGUACCUUCUUCAUCAAAAAGUCUUCAGGUCUACAAUAGCGGAAUGUAUCCAACGGUCUUUAAAAAAGUAUCCUGUAGAAGUCAGUUGAUGAGAGUUCGUAAAUUUUACUACAACUGAUUGUAUAUUUACUUCGGAACUGCAUUAAAUUGGAUUUGAUUGACCAACGAAUUACUUUCGAGUUUAUGAUCGACAUUUUUCUACGCUUAGGACUCAUGAAUUAGUACGCAUGAAUGAUCUAUUUUUAAAUCAUGUAACUGUCUGUUACAAAAGAGUACAAUUGUUCCAGUCAAUUCAAUCGAGUAUAUAACAAUCGAUGUUAUUAAUACAUAGAAUGAGCUAGAAUUUGUCAACAAAUGUUCCUACAAUAAUGAAACGAUAAUACAUGUGACAUAAUAUAGAUACAAAAGUUUUAACACGCUUGUACACGUGUGUACAGAGUAUUCCAUUUUAAUUUAAAAACUUAAAUAAACUCUUAAAUUAAAACAAGAAGAGGAAAAAUGGGUAACAAUUUUUUGAUUUUAAGGAAAAUAUUAAAUUAUUUUUUAAUUUUAUCUGGGGGUUGAUACGUUUUCAGUUAUCUAAAAUCAGUUACGUAAAUUUUCGUAAUACAAUUCUGUACAUAGAAAUAUAAAACUAGUGUCACAAAAAUAAAUUUCUCCCAAGAUAUUUAUACUUUACAUUUUAAUGUGUAUCAGAAUAAAUAUUUUGUAAAUUAAUUUUUAAUGAUGCCUUUAUAUCAAUAAAAAUUAAUUUAUGGAUUUAAAAAAUGUGAUUUCAAGAAAAGUGACUUAUACAUUUCUCUUAAGAGAUGUACCAGACGAGAUCAAACUAAAAUCAUUUUAUAAUAACUCAAAAUCAAAUAGCUUUCGUCCAUUCAAAUUCAAAUUGGAUACUCUGCAUAUAAAUAUGUAAAUAUAUAUACACAAAUUUAUGAGAUUUAUACACAUUUUCAAUGAACUACAUCUUUGUUGCAAUAAAUCACUGAUACUCAAAUAA